ACGAUAGACGUCGCUGAACAUGUACUGUACCGAAGGUGGAAAAAAAAUGGAAAAUGAAAAACUAGUAAACGGAUAAAAGAAGCCGGGAAAAGGCGGAAGAGCCUGGGAGAAAAAUCAGUUCCGAACUCCGAGCUUUAUGAAACAGAGAGUGCUCAUGAGGUGCUCGGGAUAACAAGAUGACAAUUCUACUUCAACCUUGUAAGUCCCUUUCUUCCCCGAACUAUAGUUUACCGGUAAACAGUUUCACGGCUGUAUGCAACACUGUCCAAAACAAAGCAUAUCCAAGCAUACCGAAAUGGCCAGCUCUAAAACCAUCCAAAUUUCACUCCUUUUCCACUUUAGGGCCCCUUCAAAAUCUGGGAUUUACUAAUCAUUCUCCAAGCCGGAGAGGUACCCGUGUUGCUUUUUGUUCUAGGAAUGAGGUUUUUGAUGGUUUUUCAAGUACCCAGGUACCCCAAAAGCCCGAGAGUAAAGAUGGUAAAGGGAAUGAAGAGCUUGAAUUGCUAAAUAAGCCUUCCCCAAUACCUAUAGAUAAUGGGGUUUCCUCUGAAUUAGACAAGGAAUGUGAAAAACCUGGUAAAGAGGAGGCCUUAGAGCCUUUUUUGAAGUUUUUCAAGGGAAGAGAUGAUGAGGCUGAAGUGAAAGAAGAGGCAGGUGUGUUAGAGGAGAAAUUUGAUGUGGAUGAUAAAUAUGAGGAGGCUAAUAAGGUCGGGGUUGAGUACUAUGAGCCCAAACCCGGUGAUUUUGUUGUGGGGGUGGUAGUUUCUGGUAAUGAGAAUAAGCUUGAUUUGAAUGUGGGAGCAGACUUGCUGGGUACAAUGUUGACAAAGGAGGUGCUCCCCUUGUAUGACAAGGAGAUGGAAUACUUGUUAUGUGAUAUGGAUAGGGAUGCCAAUGAGUUUAUGGUUCGCGGGAAGAUGGGCAUUGUGAAGAAUAAUGAAGCAUUGGGCAGGGGAUCAGCGCCGGGAAGACCUGUUGUGGAGACUGGAACUGUUUUAUUUGCAGAGGUUCUUGGGAGAACUCUUAGUGGUAGGCCAUUGCUUUCAACUAGACGAUUCUUCCGGCGGAUUUCUUGGCACCGAGUGAGGCAGAUAAAACAACUCAAUGAACCUAUCGAGGUGAAAAUAACAGAGUGGAAUACGGGGGGCCUUCUUACAAGAAUUGAGGGAUUACGAGCUUUUCUUCCCAAAGCUGAGUUAUUGAAUAGAGUUAACAACUUCUCUGAGUUGAAAGAAAAUGUUGGACGGCAGAUAUAUGUGCAGAUUACUCGUAUAGAUGAGACUAAAAAUGACCUAAUAUUGAGUGAGAGGGAAGCUUGGGAAAAAUUAUACCUUAGUGAGGGAACGCUUUUAGAAGGAACUGUUAAAAAAAUCUUCCCGUAUGGAGCUCAAAUAAGGAUAGGCGAAACUAACAGAAGUGGGUUACUGCAUAUUUCAAACAUCACCCGUGGUCGAAUUACUUCUGUCAGCGACUUACUUGCAGUUGAUGAGAAGGUUAAAGUUCUUGUUGCAAAGUCGAUGUUUCCUGACAAAAUAUCUCUAAGUAUUGCUGACCUUGAAAGUGAGCCCGGGCUUUUUGUAUCAAACAAGGAGAAAGUAUUUGCUGAAGCUGCAGUGAUGGCAAAGAAGUAUAGGGAAAAGCUACCUGCCGGUUUAGCCCCUUAUAAGUCAGAACUUUCUCCAACCAAUGCUUUACCAUUUGACAAUGAAGCAAGUAUGUAUGCAAAUUGGAAGUGGUUCAAGUUUGAAAGAGAAGAUAAUCCAGCUCCUUAAGGUUUCCAUGCGACAUGAUCAAAUUGUAAAAGGCCGUGGGCUUGACAUGACACCUAGCUACACUCCCCACCGUGAAACGUGAAAAAAGGGAAUAACUUUCAAUUGGUCAUUUUCUCCUUUUGGGUUCACAACAUCAGGUCAUUUGGCAGGUAUGCAAUUAGACCACAAGCCAUGUGAAAUCUUGGGAUGUUCUGAGUGUCAAAUUGGUUUUUCCUCCUAUUAAUCCCUACAAAUGUGUAAUAUGAUGUGUUAAAAUAUACUCUCAACUGCAUGUUGUACCAAACUUUCUGGUUACUGUUGUUUUUGUUUUCCCAAUGGAAAUGAAUGAUUCAUCCUCUUUUGAUUCA